CGUUACAGUCAUGCAAACGAACUGUAAAAACCAAACAGCCUGCGUUAGCUUUACUGUAAUGACGUUAGCCUCCUGGAUGUUUUUCCGCCGUUAAUGAGUUUGGAUACCGGGGACCGACAUCCAUGCACCUCUCCGGUCAUCUGAAGCACAAUCACCGUGACCUCCGCGAAGUCAGCUCAGUGUCCACCGGUCGAUGCUGAAGGAAGUGGUGACCCUGCCUACCUGACCCCCUGCUUCUUCUUCCCCAACCCCGCCCCGCCACCCGCUGUCCUGAUUGGGUCUCUGUGCUGCCGGCGGUGGAUUGGAGCACUCUGGUUGAAGGCUUUGUGAGGUGGUUUUUCGGUCUGGCGCCGCCUCCCCCCGGGGCCGGCGUGCGCUCCCAGCAGCCCGUGGUGCCCUGCGCCCCCCCCUCCCCGUCAGUGCACACCAGAGCCAAUGCCCAAGGAGGAAGCACGGUGCGUCUGCCAGGAGCCAUGUGCCUCCCUCACACCAACAACAUGGACAACAAGUUACAGGGGGCGGGGCAGGGGGGAGGGGCUGCACUUCGACCACGGGCAGGAGGCGUUCCACUGGAGCCUUUCAUCCACCAGGUGGGUGGUCACACCAGUAUGAUGCGUUACGAUGACCACACGGUGUGUAAGCCUCUAAUCAGCAGAGAGCAGCGCUUCUACGAGUCUCUGCCUCCAGAGAUGAAGGAGUUCACCCCCGAGUACAAAGGGGUAGUGAUGGUUUGUUUCGAAAGCGACUCUGACGGCUACAUCAACCUGGUGGCCUACCCGUACGUGGAGAGCAACACAGACGGAGGGACGGCGGAGCACGAGGAGCGAGACCUCCCAGAGAGGGAGCAGCCGAGGAGAAAACACUCCCGGCGUAGCCUCCGACGCUCCUCCUCCGCCGCCUCUGAACACAAGGAGGAGCGGCCCGACAGGAGGGAGGCACACGACACCGAAACUUCUGACAGUCUUGCAGAGCUGAAGAGUCCCAGGCUCGACCCAAAGAUCCACUCGGACGUUCCCUUCCAGAUGUUGGACUGGAACAGCGGUUUUAGUUCAGAGAAGAUCAGCCACAACCCCUGGAGCCUCCGGUGCCACAAACAGCAGCUCAGCCGCAUGAGAUCUGAAUCCAAGGACCGCAAACUCUUCAAACCAGAGUUCCUGUUGUUGGAGAACGUGGUUCACCACUUCUCCUACCCCUGCAUCCUGGACCUGAAGAUGGGCACCAGGCAGCACGGAGACGACGCCUCCGAGGAGAAGGCGGCGAGGCAGAUCAGGAAAUGUGAACAGAGCACUUCAGCGACGCUGGGAGUCAGAGUGUGUGGCAUGCAGGUGUACCAGCUGAGCACCGGUCACUACCUCUGCAGGAACAAGUACUACGGCCGCGGCCUGUCGAUCGAAGGCUUCCGCGAGGCCCUUUACCAGUACAUGCACAACGGAAAGGGACUGAGGCAGGACCUCUUUGAGCCAAUCCUGAAUAAGCUUCGCACCCUGAAGGCGGUGCUGGAGAGGCAGGCGUCCUACCGCUUCUACUCGUCUUCACUGCUCAUCAUCUAUGAGGGAAAGGAACCAGAGGGCCCUUCAGUCCUCACUUCUGGGACCCAUGCAGCGUUGCACCAGAAGGCUCCCGUGGCCACCGUGGAGCCCCUCUGUGGGCCCGGACCCCACGCACCUCCAGCCCCAAGCACUCCAUGUGAAACGGACAUGAGCCAGAACCCCGACCCGGGGUCAGUGUCCUCUCAGGGACCUGGACUGAUGGCUACACCCUCACCCUCCACUCGUGCUCCCCAACAGGCCCCACCCUCAAAGUCAGACUGCCACUCCUUCCUCCCCCCUCUCCCCUCGCCUCACCCUCAUCCAGACUCCUUCUCUCCUGCGCCCAACUUCAAGUCCUUCCCCCCUCCUCCUGCCCCCCAGCCCCAUCAGCCCCCCCUGGUGGACGUACGUAUGAUCGACUUCGCCCACUCCACCUUCAAGGGUUUCCGCGGCGACACGGCGGUGCACGACGGGCCGGACCGGGGCUAUGUGUUCGGACUGGAGAGCCUGGUCCAGAUCCUGGAGAGCCUGCGGGACGACAACCUGCCGUAGCUCCAAACAAACACACACACACACACACAUACACACACACACACAUACACACACAGCUUGUUGUGAGUACGUUCAGGUUGUACAGUCAGUGCAGGUCAUGCCGCUGAUGUUGUCAGGAACUGAGAUGGAUUGGCUGUAAAUAUGGAACGAGGUUCAUUCGUUCAUUCAACGUGGGCAUUCUACAGUCAAGCAGUUACUACAGACGGUGGUGCCGAAAUGUCUGCAACUUCAACCUUAAUGGAGAGCCUCUGUAAAACACACACACACACACACAUACACUCACACACACACACACAAACAUACACACUUGUAUUUCUAUACUUGUGAGGACCUGCAUUGGCGUAUUGCACUCCCCGGCCCCUAACCCUACCCUUAAUCAUCCCAAUCUAACCUCAGAGUGCCCCUCCACUCACAAUGUGCUUUUCAUCCUUUCAUCACCUAGAGGUUGGAGUUCACUCUGCAGAAUGAGUAAUGUGCAGAGAAGAGGAUGUUUUCACAUUCACGUGCAGAAGGACAGUUUCCCUGCAUGGGCUCACGUUAAAUCUCAGUUUAAAACGUACUGUGUGUACAUAUGAGCAUCUCAAGCCAGUUCUUGUCCAAU